UACGCUGUGACCUUCUAACGCAGGUAUUUCAACGAGCAGUUUGGCACAAGGAGGAAAACAAAUUGUUGGGCUGUAACCCGUUCUAAAUCUACCGCUUUCCGUAUCCGUUCGGCUUGGCCAAACGGUAGUUCAAACAUCCGCAUACGUAGGGCACUUAUUCAUUAGUUUAUUUCUAGAAAGUGUAUAAGGAAAUAAUAAAUAUAUCAAAGAGCCAGAUAGACAGCUUUGGAAUAUUCCUCACCAGUUAUAGCUGAAGAGCAGUUGUUUGCGUUUAGAACCAAUGGAAACAAAUAGAACCGAGUGAUAACUUCACAAGGUGUGCGUCCAUUAUCAACAUUCCCCUGCGAUUAGACAACCACAGAAGAAGAUAUUAAGAUGAACACAUCUGAUGAUGCUGAACACAUCUACAAUGGCUACCUCACUGUCGGUUACCAGAAGAAGGGCAGCACCCACAUUUCAUUCAAGGACAAAUACCGUCGCUAUUUCGUUUUACGGUGUCUCAAACAUCAUCUGCUGACACUAAGUGGCUACAAGCACGCUAACGACUUCACGUCACCUCGUGGACACCUUAUAAAGAAUGUGGAACAGAUAGUCCUGACGAAAGACUCGGAGGUUCAUACCAUGUAUUUCCCUGCUGUCAAGAAACAUAAGGAAUCCAGUGUGCUGUGUAUUCUCAAGGAUAAACAAGUGGCAUAUUACCUGGAAGCCGAUAGAAGGGAAGACUUGGACGACUGGUGCAGCGCAAUAAAUGGUGUGUUCGUCCGCCUGGGUUGGAAAGAGAUUCAUGUUCCUCCACAAGUCUCUUCACACGGCAGUAAUCAGCAACAACCCUCGCAGAGGCCGAACGGGACCAUGGAACGAUCAGCAGUAAAGUCUGCUGACUUAACCGAAGUGUCUCAAAAGCAUAUCCUGUCCAGAGAUCGUUCUUUCUCCGACCACCAAGGGCGAACACCAUCAGCUAAAGAGGGUUCCUCAUCACAUUAUGAAGAGCCUUCCAUAAAGAAACGACCAAGCGCUGAAACUGUUAGUCAUAACUGUUGUACACGGGCACAUGUAACGCUGGAAGGAUCAACCAAUCCCGACCUGUACGUCAAUAUCCAUAACGUACAAGACCAAUCGAAGUGGAUGGAGGAGAACGCGAUGCGACACGAGAACCUGGUAAGCGUCAGGGAAAUCUACGCCAAUCUCCCCCACCCGCACCCUGCUCCUCCUCCAGAACUGCCGCCCAGAGGGAUGCACGCCAGACACGGAACCUUUCCCGGUGCUUCAUACACCCCACCGAGCUCGCCAAGGCAGUCACCAAAGCACUCUUCUGUGGGUUUCUUCGAGGCGAAGAACCACCAGUCUCACGAUGCCAAGAACGUCCCUACAAUCAAUCUGCCGGAUGUACAUGUGCCUUCUCAAUCCUUCACCCGACAGUACCCUCAUUUGUUCGAUGACUCCGAGGCAGCCAGGAGGAAGAUUUCGUUGCCUCAGCCUCUCAAUCUGAUGCACCGGUCACGGGGUGGUCUACAGGGUAUUACCGCAUCGCCUCCUGCUUCGCCAGUCAUGAUGAGAAAAGGUGGAUCACAUUCGAACCUAGUGUGCUUGGAUCUGAGUAACAGACCACUGCCGUCACCGCUAACAGGAGAUACAUUCGAUUUCAAUACACUGCGUUGGGAGAUUAGCCACACAAGUUUCCGCGUCGACUUGUGUAGGGACGAUUUGGAGGACAUGCUGGCGCUCGUGCGGAUUGGUGAUUUUGUGUGGAUUGCCGGGUGGAAAUCAGGAUGUUCUGCACUGAAUAAAAAACUUCAUGUUGGCGACCAACUUCGGCAGAUUAACGAACAGAUUGUUGUCGACCCUGUCAUUGCAAACACACUAUUUACCACAUCAGCUAACGAACAGAUUGCACUCGUCAUUCGCCGCUUGCCACACGCUAAAGUCCGCCAUCUGCAUAGGUUGACUACAGAAGAAAACUGGGGAGUUGAAGUUGAAGGAAAUAGGGUGGUUCAAGUCUCCACAUGUGGACCCGCAUCAGAUGCCAAAAUGACACCUCGUGCCCCGGGAGCAUUAAGUGAGAGGCUAUGCGAUUGGAUUAUCACUGAGAUCGACGGAGAACCAGUCUCCCUCCUCGGCAAGAAAGACGAGGUGAAGAACCGAAUGGCCAGCGCUGGUCUAGAAAUGACAUUGACUAUUCAACCGGAUGACUUCGUCAAAAGACUCAAAGCAGAACUCCAGAAAGUCAAGUUUUUCCACGAGUACUUUGUUGGAUCAGACUGCACGUCGUAACAUUACAACUGCUAAGGGUAUAUGACUUGAGAUAAUCUCAACAGACACACUUUUCGCGUAUAAUAUCCCAUCAGUGUCUUGAAACUUCAAUCAGCGUGAAGCUAUUCCUGACACACUCAUCUCGUCUUCUCUAGAGACCCAUUGAAUUAGCAAAGAUUUGUGGAUGUAAGUACCUAUUUUGAUUGUACUAUUUUGUAUAAAUAUGCUGUGAUGACUAGAGCAAGCUAGUCGAAACCAAUUUAAGAACUCACUCCGCGGUAGUGCAGUUAAUAACGAUCCUGUAUAGUAGUCACAACCAAUAAUUGUCCAUAAAUAAUAAUAAUACAAGGUAUUUAUAAAGCGCUCUUACAAA